CUGAGAAGGGCACAGCCGCGCGGCGGAGGGCAGAGUCAGCCGAGCCGAGUCCAGCCGGACGAGCGGACCAGCGCAGGGCAGCCCAAGCAGCGCGCAGCGAACGCCCGCCGCCGCCCACACCCUCUGCGGUCCCCGCGGCGCCUGCCACCCUUCCCUCCUUCCCCGCGUCCCCGCCUCGCCGGCCAGUCAGCUUGCCGGGUUCGCUGCCCCGCGGAACCCCGAGGUCACCGGCCCGCGCCUCUGCUUGCCUGGGCCGCGCGCCGCCUCCACGCCCUCCUUCUCCUUCUCCCCUGGCCCGGAGCCUGGCACUGGGGACCGUUGCCUGACGCGAGGCCCAGGUCUACUUUUCGCCCCGCGUCUCCUCCGCCUGCUCGCCUCUUCCACCAACUCCAACUCCUUCUCCCUCCAGCUCCACUCGCUAGUCCCCGACUCCGCCAGCCCUCGGCCCGCUGCCGUAGCGCCGCUUCCCGUCCGGUCCCAAAGGUGGGAACGCGUCCGCCUCGGCCCGCACCAUGGCACGGUUCGGCUUGCCCGCGCUUCUCUGCACCCUGGCAGUGCUCAGCGCCGCGCUGCUGGCUGCCGAGCUCAAGUCGAAAAGUUGCUCGGAAGUGCGACGUCUUUACGUGUCCAAAGGCUUCAACAAGAACGAUGCCCCCCUCCACGAGAUCAACGGUGAUCAUUUGAAGAUCUGUCCCCAGGGUUCUACCUGCUGCUCUCAAGAGAUGGAGGAGAAGUACAGCCUGCAAAGUAAAGAUGAUUUCAAAAGUGUGGUCAGCGAACAGUGCAAUCAUUUGCAAGCUGUCUUUGCUUCACGUUACAAGAAGUUUGAUGAAUUCUUCAAAGAACUACUUGAAAAUGCAGAGAAAUCCCUGAAUGAUAUGUUUGUGAAGACAUAUGGCCAUUUAUACAUGCAAAAUUCUGAGCUAUUUAAAGAUCUCUUCGUAGAGUUGAAACGUUACUACGUGGUAGGAAAUGUGAACCUGGAAGAAAUGCUAAAUGACUUCUGGGCUCGCCUCCUGGAGCGGAUGUUCCGCCUGGUGAACUCCCAGUACCACUUUACAGAUGAGUAUCUGGAAUGUGUGAGCAAGUAUACGGAGCAGCUGAAGCCCUUCGGAGAUGUCCCUCGCAAAUUGAAGCUCCAGGUUACUCGUGCCUUUGUAGCAGCCCGUACUUUUGCUCAAGGCUUAGCGGUUGCGGGAGAUGUCGUGAGCAAGGUCUCCGUGGUAAACCCCACAGCCCAGUGUACCCAUGCCCUGUUGAAGAUGAUCUACUGCUCCCACUGCCGGGGUCUCGUGACUGUGAAGCCAUGUUACAACUACUGCUCAAACAUCAUGAGAGGCUGUUUGGCCAACCAAGGGGAUCUCGAUUUUGAAUGGAACAAUUUCAUAGAUGCUAUGCUGAUGGUGGCAGAGAGGCUAGAGGGUCCUUUCAACAUUGAAUCGGUCAUGGAUCCCAUCGAUGUGAAGAUUUCUGAUGCUAUUAUGAACAUGCAGGAUAAUAGUGUUCAAGUGUCUCAGAAGGUUUUCCAGGGAUGUGGAUCCCCCAAGGCCCUCCCAGCUGGACGAAUUUCUCGUUCCAUCUCUGAAAGUGCCUUCAGUGCUCGCUUCAGACCACAUCACCCCGAGGAACGCCCAACCACAGCAGCUGGCACUAGUUUGGACCGACUGGUUACUGAUGUCAAGGAGAAACUGAAACAGGCCAAGAAAUUCUGGUCCUCCCUUCCGAGCAACGUUUGCAACGAUGAGAGGAUGGCUGCAGGAAAUGGCAAUGAGGAUGACUGCUGGAAUGGGAAAGGCAAAAGCAGGUACCUGUUUGCAGUGACAGGAAAUGGAUUGGCCAACCAGGGCAACAACCCAGAGGUCCAGGUUGACACCAGCAAACCAGACAUACUGAUCCUUCGUCAAAUCAUGGCUCUUCGAGUGAUGACCAGCAAGAUGAAGAAUGCAUACAAUGGGAAUGACGUGGACUUCUUUGAUAUCAGUGAUGAAAGUAGUGGAGAAGGAAGUGGAAGUGGCUGUGAGUAUCAGCAGUGCCCUUCAGAGUUUGACUACAAUGCCACUGACCAUGCUGGGAAGAGUGCCAAUGAGAAAGCCGACAGUGCUGGUGUCCGUCCUGGGGCACAGGCCUACCUCCUCACUGUCUUCUGCAUCUUGUUCCUGGUUAUGCAGAGAGAGUGGAGAUAAUUCUCAAACUCUGAGAAAAAGUGUUCAUCAAAAAGUUAAAAGGCACCAGUUAUCACUUUUCUACCAUCCUAGUGACUUUGCUUUUUAAAUGAAUGGACAACAAUGUACAGUUUUUACUAUGUGGCCACUGGUUUAAGAAAUGCUGACUUUGUUUUUUCAUUCAGUUUUGGGAGGAAAAGGGACUGUGCAUUGAGUUGGUUCCUGCUCCCCCAAACCAUGUUAAACGUGGCUAACAGUGUAGGUACAGAACUAUAGUUAGUUGUGCAUUUGUGAUUUUAUCACUCUAUUAUUUGUUUGUAUGUUUUUUUCUCAUUUCGUUUGUGGGUUUUUUUUUCCAACUAUGAUCUCGCCUUGUUUCUUACAAGCAAACCAGGGUCCCUUCUUGGCAUGUAACAUGUACGUAUUUCUGAAAUAUUAAAUAGCUGUACAGAAGCAGGUUUUAUUUAUCAUGUUAUCUUAUUAAAAGAAAAAGCCCAAAAAGCAGUAAAAUUUCCAUUUCUCCCUGUUAUUUUAGUUGCCUUAUCUGGAGAGACGUGGAGGUUAUUUUCUUUUUUUUUAAUUAUUAUUAAGUUAGGACAGAAUGUGAGGGCACAAGCAGGCUUCUGAGCCACUUGUCAGAUUGUAUUCAAAGCAUCAAUC